CCUAACAGCGAAGAUGCAUUUCUUUCUCUUUCCAACAAUGUUGAUAAUUAUAAUGGCUACCAUUGGACAGUCAUGUUGGAUGGUAGCUGCAAAUGAACCAGUAUGUUCAAGAUUUGACUAUGAGGAAAAAUUAUUAGAAAAAAUGGUUAGAUCGGAGAUAAAACUUGAACAAAUGGUAGAAGAGAUGAAGAAAACAAAAGAAAGUGUGGCGACCAUAGCGACAAACAUGCAGCAGAGAGCUGAAAACAUGGAAAGUAAUUCCAUUCGAUUGCAAGGACUUACUAACGAGACUUUGACAAGGUUCGGCGAGGAUAUAUCGAAAGAGAAGAACAAACUAACAGCACUUUUGACCAAGGCUUUGACAAGGUUCACUGAGGAUAUAGCAGAGGAAAAGAACAAACUAACAGCACUAGCAGAGAAAAUGACACCAGUUCCUGUCGUGGCAUUCAACGCCCGUCGCUCGUCUACUGUCACGGUGAGCAGUGGUGGAACUGUCGUUUUUGAUACCGUGUUAAUGAAUGAAAGAGAAGGUUACGACAGGGCGGCAGGUAUAUUCACUGCACCACAUAACGGACUUUAUUACUUCGCGGCUCAUGUAUGUAAUCAAGGUAACACUGGUGUAAACUACGCAAUUGUUGUCGAUAAUAAUCAGAUAACAUCUAGCACACAGUACGAUAAUGAUAAUGUGUACAGCUGUAGCUCUGUAAACACCGUCGUGAUGAUGAAGUCUGCAGAUCGUGCGUGGAUCAAAUGUUUGUCUAGUUCAAACUUUCAUCAUGACGCUCACAGAUGGAAUUCAUUUGUUGGAUCGCUUUUAAACAGAUAAAAUACUUUAGCAUGAUCGUGGAUCUUUGGUCAAAGAUAUGUGUUUAUAGUGCUUUCUUUAUAUCAGAGCUGAAAUGUCAUUGACCUAUCAGAGUGCAUUCUGAAGAAACAACAAUCUUUUAAAUUUAUAUGAAAAAGACAGUACAGUUUAUAGUAGAUGCUGAACGUUUAGCUUCUCCAGACUUUCUGAAGGAUAGUUACAAAUGCAAUUCAGUCAUGGAUGCUAUACUGAACAGACAAACGUUAAAGCCCAAGUCGAGUCAAGGAAAUUUUAUACGGACUGUUUAAAAAUGUUGUAGCAUUCAAUUCACCCUUGUAAUUGAAUCAAAAUAACGCCCUUGUGUUUAUCAAAGCUUUGACAAAAUGUUUCAAUAUUUGUAACAUUUUUACGUUUCAGUAAAUUAAUAUUGUUAUUGUGCUAUGCAAAUGUCGAUUCUUUGUCACGUGAUAUUAGCUAUAUUAUUAAUGGAGAACAAUCCUACAGUAUAUUAAGUGCCAUUAAGUGGUACAAAUAUACUGUUACAUGAGCGAAAAUAUGAACACCAACAUUGGAGGAAAGGCCUUGUUUUUUAGGAGAUAAAAACUUUUGGAGAAAAUGAUAUGCCGCGAAGAUAAAAAGAGGUUUCUGAUAUAUAUCCAGGAAGCCUACCUAACGUAAUUUAAAUGUUGAAAAAUUAGUUUGUAUUGUUAUAACGUCUUUAUUCAUGCAUAGACAAAGAAGGUUUUCAAGAGUUUUGUAAAUGGUAGGAUUACUUAUAUUAAGAAUGACACGUUUUUAUUUCAUCUUUCGUAAUAAAUGAUGCAUGACUGAAUUUGUGUAUUUUAGAUAUUCCGCUGUUGCAAUAUAAUGAAGCUAUUUCAGUUUUUAAAAGGCAUGCGUAAAACACGUUUAAAUAUAUUUUACAAUGUUCCCUUUAGUUAUGGUAAUUAUGACAGGGUGCAGCAUGAGUAAAACCUUUAUGCACUGACAAGCUUGAUUUUAAUGUCACACUGACACAGUUAUAUAAGGUAAAAGGUAAGGGCAGAUUUCCCGGAAGCACAGGGCACUCCAAACACAACCUUAGAGCCAUAGGUCAUAUGGCGACGUUCCAGCUUUUGAUGGUGGAGGAAGACCCAAUGUGCUCAUCCGUGCAUUGUUUCAUCACUUGACAUUUUGUAAUAGUAUCACUAUGUACAUUUAACUAGAAACUGUUAAAUACUUAUCAAUUCUGCAUUUAAAGCUGAUAUCUUCAAAAAGAAUUAAUAACUAGUAGUCACAGAACUGUUUCAUAUUUUCACUCUUUUUAGCAUCAAUCCAUAUAUGAAGAAUUUAGGGUGAAAAGAAUUGAAUCAGCUCUCUGGUUACCACGGUAAAUGAAGUAUUCUGCUUUUUGCGAAAAAUUGUCAUUUCUGAUAGUCAAAUUUUACUUAAAUGUAACAAUUUUAUUCACAAAUUGUGGUCUUUACGUCUGAAAUAGAGCACUAUUAUAAUUUUCAUAUUUGCUUGAAAUACAUACAAUUUGUAAAUAUUUUAAACAACUAUUGUCCUUCGGCAUUUUUAUAGUUUUAAAGCAACAAUUUCUUGCGAAUUUUACAUAAUCAAUUAAACUUGGUCUGCAUAAUAUAUUUUAAUACCUUAUAGAAAAUUGUGCACGCAUCUGAAUACGAUUCAGGAAGGCAGUGAUAUCCAUCUUUAUUUCUUUAGGGAAAUAAUUUAUACAGUCGUUUCUGAACAUUUAUAUCUAUCAAUUGACAAUAGAGUAGCAAAAUUUCACAACAGAAUGCAGACAUCAUAACUGGUGAUCAUAUUUGUACUUUGCCACUUAAACGUGUAUUUCACUCAUUUUUAGAAACUAUUAUAUGUGGUUAUAUGUGGUCAUAUAUAUGUAAAUGAUAAUGCUAUUCUUAACAUUAGGCUUAGAUCUAAAUCAUAGCUUUUACCAUUUAUUUGUU